UUGAACCGGAAAUAAUAUAUUUGGUUAGCUUCUGGUUGUAUAUUAAUCGUCAACCUUCACAAACAAUUUUGCACAGUGAACAUUAAAAUAAAUCACUGAUUUUAAAAAUGUCGGUGGCAAAUUUUACUCAUUCUACGAUUUGUAAAUACGGACAAUUUUAUCGGUUGUAUAACAAACUUCCUGGUGUAUUGACAAGAUGGAGGUCUAGUCAAAGAAAUUACAGUCAAGACUCAAAAUCUAAAGAAACAGAGAAAGCGAUUGAUGGUCCUAUGGAUAAACCGGAGACGGAACUUGAUGAGGCAGCAGAACAGGCCAUAUAUAGUGCCAAAAGAGACAGUGGCCGUUCGCCCAGUAACCUCGAUAAGAUCUGCUUGUUGUGGGCGGGAAAGUUUAAACACCGAGAUGAGAUUCCGGAAUUUGUAAGACUAACAACAAUUAUAUAUGCCAAGGACUACACUAGAGUUGUUAUCAUGAUAUGGUUGGUGUGUACAUUUCUAGUGAGUUUCUUCGUUCUGUCGCGAUUCGGCGCCCGUAAAGUGCGGAUAAUACACGAAGAUGUUACGCAAAGACAGCAGGCAAUUUGGGAUAAGAAAAAUAAAAUUGCAGACGAGGAAUAUGCAAAAAAGAAGGAAAAAGAAAGACUUGAAAAAGAAGCACACUUACUAACACGGCAAACAGGGGAGAAAACAAGUUCAUAGCUAGCUAGAAACUGUUGAAUAGAGGUUUUCUUUUUUUGUGUGUUUUUAUCUAAUAUUGUGUUAGUUUACAGUUGAAAUAAAGAUUGUAUUUUUAAUGAG